UUAUUUCGUCAUACAAUAUUGUUAGUUAGAUUUAUUUAUAUUCAAGUUAUUUAUCAUAUUUAUAAUUAAAAACAUCAGAUUUCAUAUUAUCCGACAAUAAUAAAGAGCGACAACAUGCAAAUGGAGAAAAGUAAUUACUAUAUGGGGCAGUGCAUUGCGUCAUUAGCAGCCAGGAAAACCUCGCUGUGAUGUUAUGAGGACAAUUGUUUUAUGGCCAGGUCAUAUGAAUCACAAGGUUAGAGGUUCAUUAGCUAGGAGAAUGCGUGCUGAGUAGUGUCGGCGAGUGCGCGCCGUUUCGAUAACGGAGGAGUUUUGUUGACUUGUCUGAUAGGAAUCCGGUAGUGAGUAAUCGAUGAAAUGAUUGAGAGUGUAUCCCGUCGCGCGUUCAGUAGUUCAAGUGGUACAUACAACGUGCGCGCAUCAGAACUGGCGCGGGAGCGUAAGCUAAACAUAUUUAAUGUCACCGUACAAUUUUUGGACGAAACCCAGCAAUCGUUUCAAAUCGAGAAAAAAGCAAAAGGCAGUGUACUACUAGAAUUAGUUUUCCAACAUUUGGAAUUAGUUGAAAAAGAUUACUUUGGUCUGCAAUUUACAGAAAAUGGAUCACCACCGAGUGCCACAAAUAGUGAAAUUACGCGUUGGCUUGACAGUGGUAAAUCAGUGAAGAAGCAAGUUGGUGUUAAUGCUCAAUUCUGGCUCGCUGUACGUUUCUAUCCACCUGAGCCGAGCCGUUUGUCCGAAGAGUUCACGAGAUACCUCCUUUGUCUACAGCUACGUAAACUAUUGUUGGAUGGUAGGAUGACUGCGCCCAAGAAUACAGCAUUGUUACUCGCAUCAUUCACUGUACAAGCUGAAUUAGGUGACUACAACGCGAAUGAACACGGCAAUGGAUAUCUCUCAUCUCUUCGUUUACUAAACCGUCAAUCCACGGAGGAUGAGAGACGUAUACGAGAAUUACACAAGUUGCAUCGUGGACAGUCACCCGCUGAUGCUGAAGCUAACUUCCUAGAGCAUGCUAAGAGAUUGGACUGCUAUGGUGUUGAAUCACAUCCCGCUAAGGAUUACAACGGAAAGGACAUAUUCAUUGGCGUGACGUCAAUCGGUAUCGUCGUGUUUCAGAAUACAAUCCGCGUCAACACAUUCUCUUGGAGCAAGAUUGUCAAGAUCUCAUUCAAGAAGAAACAAUUCUUCAUACAACUCAAACGGGAACCUUCGGAGUCUUACGAUACGGUGCUGGGGUUCAACAUGCAGUCGAGUCGUGCUGCCAAAGCCCUGUGGCGCUGCAGCGUGGAGCGGCACGGGUUCUUCAGACUGCGAGCUCCGCGCCGCCGGCCGCUGCUGGCGCUCACCGCGCUCGGCCUCACCGCGCCCACGCUCGCCCGCACCGAGACGCAGGCGCUGGAGGAUGCUAGGCGAUCUAGAUCAUCUAAUAGGAGCUUUGUCAGACGUAGCAGUUCCCGUACUCGUGAGCGAUCGAACGGCGCGUGCGCACCCUCGCCCGCACUGACAGCACCGCGCGGCGCACGCGUCACGCACGACGAGCCCCCGCCCAAGCCCGCCUGGGGGGACCAGCCUGCUGAUGAAGAAAGCGGUGGUGACAUACUAGAGAGCGUGUUACGUGUCCCCCUCUCAUACGCGGACGAGUCAGAGUCCUCGUCGUGUGGGGGAGGGGAAGGUGUGUGUGAGGGCGAGGACGAGGGUGGUGCGGGGGGCGCGGUGUGCGUGCGGCUGGCUGCGGGCGCGGACGGUCGCUUCGGGUUCAACGUGCGCGGGGGAGGGAACGCCCCCGUCCUAGUAUCCAGAGUCGCUCCCCGGACUAGAGCUAUGCUGCAAGAGGGGGACCAGGUGAUGUCAAUAAACGACAAAGAUGUUGAUGAAAUGACUCACGACGAAGUUGUACAGAUGAUAAGAAAUACCAAAGGUGUAUUGACAUUGAUCGUUAAACCCAAUGCGGUGUACUCAGCAGAAGAAACACUAGGCACAGAGGAACCAGAAGCAUGUUUCGUGCCGCUGGUGGGGGGCAGUGUGGGGGUGAGGGCGGCGGAGCAGUCGCUGCUGUUGCUAGGCGACGGCCUGGCCUCGGGAGCUGCGCUGCGUCAGUACGAGGCUCUAGUACGUCGCCUUGACUACCCCGCCACUGCAGCGAGGCGACAGUGUAACCUCGCCAAGAAUAGAUACAGGGAUAUUGCGCCAUAUGAUUCUACACGUGUUGUGCUCAAGAAUGGACCUACAGGCGAUUACAUCAAUGCUUCAUAUAUUAAUAUGGAAAUACCCAACUCUGAUAUUAUGUUAACAUACAUCGCUACACAAGGUCCUUUAGCAUCGACAGUGGGUGAUUUCUGGCAGAUGGUAUGGGAGAGCGAGAGUAGCCUGAUUGUAAUGCUGACGGUGCUGGCGGAGCGCGGUCGUGCCAAGUGCCAUCAGUACUGGCCCAAAGUUGGCACCGGACCCCUCAAUGCCACAGACACCCUCACCGUAAUCACACAUAGUGAACACAAUCUGGGACAUUAUAUAAGAAGAGAAAUGACUAUUAAGGAUGCAGAUGGCGCGUCUCGCAACGUGACGCAACUCCAAUACACAGCGUGGCCGGACCACGGCGUGCCGGAGGAUGCUGCAGCGUUCAUCUCUUUCACACAGCUCUGCUCCAAACUACGCAACCAUAGAGCUGUGAUGCCGAGGUCGGAGGAGGAGAUGUGGGCGGAGGGCGUGGUGGGAGUGGAGGGCGUGGUGGGGGCGGAGGGCGUGGUGGGGGCGGAGCGCGUGGUGGAGGCGCCGCUGGUGGUGCACUGCUCGGCGGGCGUGGGGCGGACCGGCGCGCUCGUGCUGGCGGAGACCGCGCUGCAGCUGCUGCACACGCACCAGCCGCUCUACCCGCUCGACCUCGUGCGGGCCAUGCGCGCGCAGCGGCCCAUGUGCAUACAGAAUGCUAGUCAAUAUAAAUUCGUAUGUGAGAGUAUACUUGCCGCCUACGCACAGGGUCUGACUAAACCUGAACAAGAACAGAACUGAUGGUCCGCCUUGCCGCGACUCUGCUGCAUAAACUUUAACCUGUUAGUGUAGUGUGUCAUUAGUUUAGUGAAAAUCUACUUUAAAUACAAUCUUUUAUAGUAUAUUUCCACUGCAGUUAUACUUGUAUUGAUAUAUUGUCUCUGGUAGUCAAAGAUGACAGAUACAAGUAUCCGCAGCGGUUACAUGAUGUUCAUUUUUGUAUUUAUUUUGUAUAGAUUACUUUUAAAAGAUAACUUGCCAGUAAAUCUCAUAUAAUUGUUAAUGUCUUGUAUGUAUGGAGUUUUUAAAUGUUAUUCCGGUUUUUUUAUAUCAUAAGGUGGAAAACGAGCGACCGGCCACCUAAAAUCACUGAAACAGAAGUGACAGUUGCCCAUGGACACACGCAGUUGCAUAUGCGUUACCUACCUUUAAUCGAUGGAGGGGAGGAUGCACAGAAAGAAAAUAUC